AUGACUCCUUCAAUGAAUAACUCUAAUACCUCUUCCUCUCUUCAUCAAGAUUCCGAUAAAGCCAAGGCUCCCAAGCUUUCAAAGAUUCAAAAAGCGAAUGAUAAACACAACAAGUUUGGCAAUCAUUACUCAUUCAAAACCAUAACGACUUUCCAAAUGUUCUUGUCAACUAUACAAGUUCAGUCUUCUUCUUCUGAAGCUGAUGGAGAAGAAGCACAAGAAGACUCUUUCGAGUCGAGUGUUGAGUAUAACUUUGCAUCAGAAGAAGAAGAAGAAACCAAUGACCACAAUGACUUGAAGGAUGACAUAACAGCAGUGGAAUCCUUUGACAUAUUCCCAUUAAGCACUCAAGAAGAUUGUGAUACGGUUUUGGGAGAGGCUUUUGAUGCAGUGUACUAUCCAUAA